UGCAGGCGCGCGGAUUAACACGUGUUUUCGCGCUCAGUUUCACGGCGUGUCAGCGAGGCGGCGGCGCAGCGCCAUUUGCUGCUUUUGUUCCUUAUCGGUGGCGACACAUCCGCAUGUUCUGAGAGAAAUGAACGCUUUAAAACGUCAUUACGGUUAAACUCUAGGAGACACCUGCUGUCUUCCUGAAAUUAUGACCAUGAUCCCUUCCUGUUACACUCUGUUUGCCUUCAUCCUCUUCAGCAGCAUCCUGGAGAAGCCACUGCUGAGUGCUGAGGUGAAGGAGGGAGAGAUUCUGCCUCCCACCAUUCAGAAGCUGAUGAAAGGAUACAACAAGUACCUGAGGCCUUUCUUUGACAAUGGUCCUGUCACUGUGGGGAUGAGUUUGGACAUUGCCAGCAUUGACACAAUAUCAGAGAUCAACAUGGACUACACCGCUACCAUUUUCCUGCGGCAACGCUGGACAGACGAGAGGCUGGUGUUUGAAGGCAAUAAGAGCUUGAGUCUGGAUGGGCGUCUGGUGGAGCUGCUAUGGGUUCCUGAUACUUUUAUUGUGGAUUCCAAGAAAUCCUUCCUGCAUGAUAUCACAGUGGAGAACCGGCUGAUCCGAAUCUUUCCCAAUGGGACUGUGCUUUAUGCUCUUCGGAUCACUACUACUGUGGCCUGCAAUAUGGACCUCACUAAAUACCCCAUGGAUAAACAGACAUGCACCCUACAACUUGAAAGCUGGGGCUAUAAUGUCAACGAUGUGAUGUUUUACUGGGCAAGAGGCAAUGAUUCGGUUAGUGGGUUGGACACUCUGCGUCUGGCCCAGUACACAGUAGAGGAUCAUUACACUUCUGCCUCAGAGGCUGUGUAUGAGACAGGUAAUUAUCCUAAACUUAUAUUCCACUUUGAGCUGAAGAGGAGCAUUCUGUACUUCAUCUUGGAAACCUACGUACCCUCCAGUCUGCUGGUUGUGCUCUCCUGGGUGUCCUUCUGGAUCAGUCAGUCAUCUGUGCCUGCUCGCAUAUGUAUAGGAGUUACAACAGUGUUAACGAUGACCACACUGAUGAUGGGUGCAAGGACGUCGCUACCCAAUGCUAACUGCUUCAUCAAGGCAAUAGACGUGUAUUUGGGAAUUUGUUUCAGUUUUAUCUUUGGAGCAUUGAUAGAGUACGCUGUCGCUCACUUCUGCACACUCCAGCUCCCAGAGUGCAACAGUGCGUUUACGCACAUGCAGGACUGUGAAGAGGAGAUCAACGGCAUUGUCACCACCAUUGCUAGUGAUUCCAGCCGAGCAAAGCGCCGUAAAGACUCCCCAACCCCUGCUCCCACAUCAACCCCUAGCGGAGAGCCUGAUCUCAUGGCCCAAACCCCAUCUCACUCAGGACCUAGGACCCCAGAGGCCCUGGAGGACCCUCUUAACCGCUGCAUCAGAAACCUAUCCCUCAUACGAAAAGUUCUCCGCUCUGUAAACUGCUGUCAUGUGGAGAAUCCACAUUACAUAGACAACUACUCCCGUGUAACAUUUCCCCUCUCCUUUGUUGUAGUCAACUUGCUCUACUGGACUUACUACCUGUACUUUUAAUAUCUCUCAGAGUGUGUUGGUGGGAGUGAAUACAGAAAAGAGUGCACCUCAUGUCUGACUGAGCAUGAGGCGGUCUUAGUUUAAA